AUGAAUACAAACCCCUCUCUCUUUCCCUCUCCCUCCUUAAUCCAUUUUCCUCUCUCUCUCUCUCUCUCUCUCUGUAUACAGAACCUCUCUGCCUUUCACUCUUUAAACAAUUCCCUCUAAAACCUUUGAAAAACCAAAAAAGAAAAAUAAUAUAUAUAUUUUUAAGUCUCUGUAACGGGCCUGAAACGGUAACGUUUCACCAUUGCUAUCCCGACGCGUGAAAAUAAUCAAAAUCCCAAUCACCUUCUUUCCUCUAUCUUCUUUCAAACCCGCGUUUUAGCUUCAUUUCUCGUUUUGACUGUCUGGGUUUCUUGUUUUGUUUUGUUUCUUCGACGAAGAACUGAGUUUUUUGCGGUUCUUCUUAUGGAAUAUGAAGUUUGCGAUAGUAGCGGUUUAUUCACAGAAAACUGGAGGCGCUUUUUGCCGUUCCUAGCACUAUGGAUAUAAUUAUUUGAAUCCCCUUGUCAUCUGACCUAUAUGUGGAAUUAGAUGUUCAAAGAAUGAUGUAAUGUUGUCCUUAAUGUGACAAAAUUACCAACAACAGUGUUGACUACAAGUUUUUGUUAUAUUUAUGAUCCAGAACGUGCUCCAGCCAAAGUAAAACAGAAUUCUUAAAGGGGUACUGAUGAUGAUCUUCCUUCACAUCAAAAUAGAGCUCGAAUAGGUAGCCGUGUUACAGUGAAUGGACGAUCUGCUGUAGGUUCUGCCCCGUUUUCUAGGAUGCAUAGUGACAUGGAAGCUCAAAUUCAUCAACUUGAGCAAGAAGCUUAUUGUGCUGUUUUGCGGGCUUUUAAAGCUCAGUCUGAUGCCAUUACUUGGGAAAAGGAAGGUUUGAUAACAGAACUUAGGAAGGAGCUUAGAGUGUCAGACGAUGAACACAGGGAGCUUCUGACCAAGGUCAAUGGCGAUGACAUUAUCAAAAGGAUAAGGGAUUGGAGACAGGCAGGUGGACACCAAGCUGCUAGGCUUGCCACAUCUCAGCCUUCCCAUGAUCUGUUACCCAGCCCUAGUGUUUCUGCAUCCCGCAAGAGACAGAAGAUGUCUCAAUCGCAGGGUCAGCAAUUGCACAGUUUACCCAUGAUGAAUCCAUUGCAGUACACAUCUGCCGGUGCUGCUGGAAAUAGAUCAUUUGUAAAUCGCAGUUCUUCUGGUGCCAUUUCUGCAAAUGAACCUGAAGGGGCAAAUUCUUUAGUUGGAAGGAAAGUAUGGACAAGAUGGCCUGAAGACAACAACUUCUAUGAGGCUGUCAUUACUGAUUAUAAUCCUGUAGAGGGCCGACAUGCUUUGGUUUAUGAUAUUCAAACAACGAAUGAGACUUGGGAAUGGGUUAAUCUGAAAGAGAUUUCUCAUGAAGAUAUACGGUGGGAUGGUGAGGACCCAGGUGUAUCAUAUCGAGGGGGGCACGGUGGGCAAGGCCAUGGAGUUAAGAAACCUUUUGGCCGCGGUAGUCAUCCUCCAGGUGCUGGAAAAGGGAGAGGAUCCUCAAAGGGUCAGGGUCAGGGUCAGGGUCAUGUUCAACUUAGAAAAGAAUUUAUGCCAUCACAGAAUAGGAUUGAAAAGAAUGAUUCUGAUGAUAUUGAAUUACUUAACACAGAGACACUAGUACAGGAGGUGGAGAAGAUUUUCAAUGCAAUUCAUCCAGAUCCUCUAGAGCUCAAUAAGGCAAAGAAAAUGCUGAAAGAACAUGAGCAGGCACUACUUGAAGCAAUCUCAAGGCUUGCAGAUGCAUCUGACGGUGAAAGUGAUGGAGAACAACCAUUUUCACAUGGACAGCUAAUGGAACAUGAAUGACAGUGGAAGCACCACAUCAGUAUACCAACUUGAACCCCUCUAGGGCCAAUAAAAAGAAAGGACCAUGGUUUUGAAGUUGAUAACCGAAUGGUUGGAAGGUCAAGUUGGCAUCAUAUAAACAAAAAGAUGGGAAGAUAUCAUCGAGUUUCGUUUAUUUAUUUAAUUUUUUUUUUUUUCAAAUUGUUGGAUUUUUGCCUCUUUGCAGGGACAAGAAAAUGGCUAAUGUAACAAUGCAGUGCCCUAACUUAUGAUGCAGAAUCAUUUGGAACAGAUCUCAUUCCUGCACUUCAUCCUUUUCGGA